AUGAUGACCAUCCAGUGCACCGCCACUCACAUCACAACUAUGCAGCUAUCACAGCUGCAGUAUUACCGAGUCAGCUCCAUACAAUACAGACCGCACAACGUUGGCACCGCCUACGACAGCUGUUACAUGUCAUGUAAUAAGUACCUACCUAAGCCACAUCGUCCCGGUGACAUUUCCCAGUGA